AUGUUUGUAGUCGUGCUCUCUGUCAAGUUAGCAGCGCGAUACAAAGAGUAUAUGGACAACAAAAGAGAGAUUAAGUUGAUCCAAACACCGUUAAAAUUUAGUCACUUUCUUCCUUACGCUUCUCGGUCUGGAUACACGAAUUUUAUCUCUUCGCACCUGCAAGUUACCGCGUACCUGAAGCUAGAUACAUACCGUGAUAUCCGUGCUUACCUGGAAUCGUGGCAGCGGUCAAGCCCGCGGCUUCUGGAUCCUAUCCGCAACUUUGAAAACGAGCUCUCGGAGGAUGACCUGGCUACACGGCGACAUGGCAAUAUGUUCAAUGGGCGAGAUCCAGGAGACUCUGCUUGGGAUACGUCGAAACUGACCCGCCAAGACGAAGUGGACGCGUCUAGAGACCACAAUGGCGAGAGCCUAGAACCAGGGGACAUGGUAGCUCUGCUCACAACAGAGGGUGUCUUUGGACUGGCCAUCUACGUACGGUCGAUCCAGAAGCAGAGACAAUUCUACACCAAUCGAGGCAACUGGCGUUUGUGUAGCCCUGGCGAAAUUGAUCUAGUCCUCAAGAGGUUUGUGGAUCCAGGCCUCCUCGAGCCAAUCAAGCCAUAUUUUCCUACCAAGCGUCCGACUCUAGAUUCAGAGAUCCAGGCCGUGGCAGAAGGUGGGCUUCCUCGCCCGCUAGGUGCCCGUAUACUGGAACGCAUGCGCGACUUCGAGCGGGGAAUUUUUGAUUUCUACCGAAAUAAUGCUUUUAUUUUGGACAAUAUCUACGACAGGGUUGCGGAUGAUACAGAGCUUCAGCGUAUGACUCUCGAAGAGCUGACCAUGCGCUGUCUCGGUGUCGAGGAGGAAGAACUCGACAAUGUCAUGUUGUUUUCGGUGCAUCGUGCUGUGCGAGGAGCUCCUUUCUUGAUCGAGAAGGACCGGUCCACGCUUUUCUCGGAUGCCUAUACGAUCCAGCCGAAGAGGACUGCGAAGAUCAUCGAACAAGUCAGCGAAUGGAGCCGCGAACACGCCGAUCAUUUGGUUCGUUCGGUGUUCAAAAAGUCUGAUUAUGUCACAGGUGAUCAUGAUCUCAUCAAUAUGUUACAAGGCAAACGAGUGUCGAAGAUGUCGGACCACCCUAUGCAACAGUUCGUCCAAAAGGCCCAACGCUUGAUUCAACUCAGCCGGAAGGUUCGCUCGCCUACGGUCAUGUCUAGCGUGGGACCCUCUCACCAGAGGUAUCAGCCCGACCAAGACGGGAAAUCCAUGGUCUACCGGGAGGUGUUGACUGAAAAGUUCAACGAGACGGACCGGAAGAUCAUUGAGUUCCUUCAGCUUUAUUCGAUCCCCUCCAACAUCAUGUCUUCAGGCCAGCACAGGUCUGCUGCGGCACAUAUCAUGAGAGCAACGGGCAUGUACACCACGCUCGGGCUUAGCGAAGCUUCCGCGCGCCUCUUCCUCCAAGAAUUGGGCGUCAUUGCCCCAUGGGAAAACAUGAGUCUACUGGACCAGACUCUGCUGCUCCCGGGACACGGCGUGUCCAUUGCCGACGAUCUGAGAUGGGAAGAAGUGGAAGAGAGGUGCCAAACUAUUUCUGAAACAUGGACCGAUUCGAUGCAGCAUCUGCGUAAAGACUGGGGAGACCUCCCCGUCUACUGUGUUGACGAUGUCACUGCACAAGAGAUCGAUGAUGGAUUCUCGUUGGAGCGCAUCCCCGGCUCAGACGACACUUUUUGGAUUCACAUCCAUGUUGCCAACCCCACGGCCUAUAUCGGACACAACGACCCUAUCAUUGAAUAUGCCGGCUCACGACUGGAGACUCUAUAUGCCCCUGAACGCACGUACCCCAUUUUCCCAAAUGCCCUCACCCAAGAACACUUCAGUCUGAAAAAGGGCCGGCCAACCCUCACAUUCAGUGCAAAGAUGAACUUCGAGGGCGAGAUAUCUGAAACUUCUAUCACUAACGGAAGAAUUCACAACGUCAUUAGCCUGACCCAUGGAGACCUCAGAAGGUUUCUCAACCCAGAUGCGAAGGUCUCUGCCGAUGUUCUCGAGGUUGGAGGUAAAAUUCCAGAGCCUACCUUGAGCGCGGAGAAGGAAUUCCGCAAAGAGCUUGCCCCAGAGGAUAAAGAGACCUUCACCACUUUGCGCCAGCUUCUCCUUGGAUUCCGAAACCAACGCCGGAAAAACGGGGCCAUGGAGAUGCCGUUCCCUCGCUCGCGACCGUCUGUCGCGAUACAGCUUGGCAGCAAACCACCCAAGCCCUACGAGAUGGAAGUUUCCCAGGGCCGAUAUUUCGUGGGAGACCCAAUCAUCCAGCUCCGGAUGGAGGACCACGAUCCACAUUAUGUCCCCGACGACUCCAAAAACGAUCUAGUCAUGCUCCUUAUGACUCUGGCCGGGAACAUCUCCGGCAAGUUCUGCGCGGCUCGAAACAUCCCCGCCGUCUACAACGGCACCUGGUUUGAUCCAGAGUACGAGCCAGCCAAGCCGGACAAUCUCAACCGCGUCGGCGGCAAGGGCUUCUACGAGGUGGCCAUGCCCAACGCAACAGCAUCCUCCACACCGAUCCCGCACCACAUGCUCGGCUUCGACGCCUACAUCAAGAGCACGAGUCCACUGCGCCGCUUCAAUGACGUGAUCGCCCACUACCAAAUCGAAGCCGCCCUGCGAUUCGAAGCUGAACACGGUCGCCCGUUCGAUGCCAACACCGAUGCUCCCGACGAACUCAACCCGAACGCCCUCCCGGACGCUGAAAAUGUCUCAGCAACAUCCUCUCCUCUCCCCUACACGAAAUCCGACCUGGACGCACACAUCUCCAGCUCCGGGCCUCUCCGCGCUCGCCUGCGCGAUGUCUCGAACUACUCCGCCCAGCAUUGGGCCUGUCUCCUCCUCUUCCGCGCAUUCUACUUUGCCGAAUGCGAACUUCCCGCGAGUUUCUCCGUUCUCGUACGAGCGCCUCGCAGUGUGCCGCGACGCGAGGGCCUGGUUUACAAUGGCAUCAUCACGAAUCUCGGCGUGGCAUGUAGCGUGAAGAUUCCUGACGAUUGCCCUGGCAGGGACGAGAUUGAUGUCUCGAGUAUUGUCAAGGCUCGGAUCACCGGUGUUGAUAUGGCGGACGUGGAAGUCAAGAUGGAAGCCACGAAAUUUGUGAAGGGGUUCGAGAGGACAGGGAGUGGGCUUAAGAUGCCGGAUCUUUUUCAAAACUCCGGAUCCUUGUAUUCUAUGUUGUACAUUAUCACGUAG